GCAGACGUAUUAUGCACGGGUGAAAAGAGUGAAUCAUAGCAAGACCCUGGCCUGCAAUGACGAAGGAAAAAAUCGUGUGGUAAAAUCUCUAGGAUAUUUUCUGCCGCACAUGGGAUGAGUUGAACUGAACGUACUUAGUCCCAAAGUCAUCUCCAAAUACACGCGCUGUGUGCUUGUCAUUUUGUAUCACAUUAGCCGCAGUGAAAUCGCCAUGUGUGCAAUAUCACGGCAAUGUUUAUAUUCUUAGAUAGACCAGUUAACCUUAGAUGUAGUAGAAAUAAAUAUGCUGACGUGCUAUCAGGGGAAACGCUUAAUUUAGGAGAGCAGGGUCACAGUCGUCGUGAGGCAGCGACAUGGACUUUAGCGAAGGCGGGCCCAUUUCCCGCAUGUCCGUCACAGACGUCUUGGAGAGGCAGGGAAGAGGCGAUGAGAACUACAGGUGGUUCGUGGAGGUGACGAAUCUGGCCGAUCGUGUGGUGCUGCAAGUUGCCGAUGCCAGAGAUGAUGUACAGAAGAGGACAUUCACAAAAUGGGUCAACUCCCACCUUAAAAAGCAUCCAUCUAAGCAAUUGACGCUGGUGCAUGACCUGUACAAGGACCUGCGGGAUGGCAGUCGACUCAUCCCUCUGCUUGAGAUCCUCACAGGGGAAAGAAUACCCCAGGAACGUGGCAAGUUGAGACUUCACCGGCUGCAGAAUGUUAGGAAGGCGCUAGACGUGCUGAAGGUGAAAAAGGUGGCCUUGGUGAACAUCGAUAAUGUGGACAUCGUUGAUGGCAACACCAAGUUGACCCUAGGCCUCAUCUGGACCAUCAUCCUCCACUUCCAGAUCUCAGAUGUCAAGAUUGAAGGCCAGCACCUCCAGCCCAAGGAUGCCCUCCUGCAGUGGGCCAAGCAGACAGUGGACGGCGUCCCCGGCGUCCACGUCACUGACUUUGAACGCAGCUGGCGCGACGGCCUGGCCUUCAACGCCAUCAUCUACCGCAACCGGCCUGACCUGGUGGACUUCCCCAGCCUGCGUCCCUCGGAGCACAAGAAGAACCUGAGACACGCCUUCACCGUGGCCGAGAAGCACCUAGGAGUCACCAGUCUGUUGGAACCAGAAGAUGUGGAUGUCCCCAAGCCCGACGAGCGUUCCAUCAUGACCUACGUGUCCUCCCUGUACGACGUCUUCCCCACAGUCCCCCCCAAGCAGACCAAGACGUCGACGAUUACCACCACCCUCAAGACCUCGAGGCAGACGGGCCCCGCCGUCACCUCGCAUGUCCAGGAGACAGUCAUCCAUUCCUCCGGCAGCCAGAACAGCUCCAGCGCUGCGUCUUCCGCUAGUGCCGCUGGCACUGAUCCCCAGUGGGAGGUGUACGCUCAACCGGCUCGCCAGAUGAUGGACUGGGCCAAGCGCACAGCCAACAUGAUGGACGACCGUAGCAUUCCACAAUCUACGGCCGAAAUCAAGAGAGCUCUAGCUGAUCUGAGUCGCUUCAAGUCCGAGGAACUCCCCACCAAAGAGGCUGAGAAGCAGCGCCUUGCCAGCAGAUUCCGUGAAGUGGAGAGGAGCACUCAAGCCACAGGCCAGUUUCGUCCCCCCGCUGGCCUGCACAUCAACAACCUGGAGUCGGCCUUCGACAGCUGCCGAUUGGCCAUCCAGCAGAGAGAGCACAUCCUCAACUCCGAACUCCACAGAAUGGAGCAGCAGGACACCCUGGCCAACAAGGUCAGCCGACAGAUCCCCAUGGUGUCGGCCGACCUGGACACUAUCCAGGCCCGCAUCCAUGAUGCCGAGGGCAAAGCCGACAAGAUGACCGCCGUCGAUGUGCGCAACACCAUCGAUGACAUUGAAUCUGCAUCCCGAACCUGUGACAAAAACAUCGCCAUCCUGAUGCGCGAGGUUGCCCAACUGAGAACCAACAACCACCCAAGCGGACCCGAACUUGACCGAAAACUGAAGCAGCUGCAGGAUCGACUGGCCACCCUGCGCAACUUCCAGAUUGCCGGCACCACCCAGAAGGUGACCACCCGCACCAUGGUGCAGGGUGACGCCGUCAAGCUGGAGCGGCGGGUGGAGCUGCGCACCGAGCGCCGCUUCGUGGAGGGCAACGUGGACCAGUUCAUCCAGGACUGCUACAAGUGGGUCAAGAACAAGGAGUCUUCCCUGAAAGUUGCCAGCUACGGAGACGAUCUGGAGAAAGUGCAGAAGGCCCUGCAGCAGAGCAAGGGCGAGCUGCACACCAUCCGCGAGUACGAGCGCAACAUCUCCAAGUGCCGCAGCGUUCUGUCCAACAUGACCGGAGAGGAGCUGCAGCGUAACCAGGAGCAGAUAGCCAUUGUGGAGGACGCCUACAAGCAGCUCCUUGACAUGGCCGUCAAGCGUGUGCGCGACCUGGAGAUCCUGCUGGAGUUUGUCCAGAUGGCCACCAAGGAGAUGAUGUGGAUGAACCAGCUGGAGGACGAGCACGCCAACCGCGACUGGAGCGCCAAGAACCUCAACAUUGCCGAACUGGAGAAACACUACAAGACACUGAUGCGAGAGAUUCAGGGGCGAGAGCGCCAGUUCACGUCUGUCCAGAACCACGGGGAACGUCUGAUGAUGGAGAACCACCCUGCCAAACCCUGCAUAUCAGACCACCUGUCAGCCAUGCAGUCUCAGUGGAAUACCGUGACCCAGCUGGCCAACUCCCUGGAGACGCACCUUAAGUAUGCCGCCGAGUACUUCCAGUUCUUUUACGACACAAAAGAGUUGGAGCAGUGGAUGGCUCACAGUCAAGAAAUUCUGGCCUCUGUGAUGGAUAAGAAAGAUUUAUCACAAAUGGAGGCACAACAGCUGCUGCAAGAAGUAAUGAAAAUGAAACAAAGAUUGGAAGAGCAGCAGUUGGUCCUGCGCGAUCUCCAACAGAGGAGUAAGCACAUUGUGCACCUCAAGAAGAGACGCCAGCGUCUCACCGAGCCCAUCCCCAUCUUCGCCGUGUGUGACUACCCCGGCAUUGAUUUAAAUGUUGUGAAAGGGCAGGAGUACGUGUUGCUUGACAAUGCCAACCGGACCAAAUGGCGGGUGGUCAAUCGGGCGGGGAUGGAGGGCAACGUCCCUGGGGUGUGCUUCAUGAUUCCACCCCCCAACAGUGAGGCCAUAGACAAUGCCCUUCAACUUGAAGCUCAUUUCAAACAUUUGGUUGAAAUGUGGAGCACAACACAGACAAGACUUCAACAGUGGAUUCAGACCCUCAGCCAGAGGCAGUCCACACAGAGCAUUGACUCGGUUGGGCGGACAACGGUCCAGCAGACCGAACAAGUUCCCCAGCAACAGCAGCAGAUUGUCCAGCGAAUUCAGAAUGGCCAGGAGCUGCAGACCAGGUCCACCUCGGCCCGCCGCACGGUCACCUCCCGCAAGGAGACCACGGAGGAUGGCCAGACGCUCAUUACAGAGGAGAUAACGGAGCAGAUGCCAGACGGUGAGACCCACCGGACAGUCACUACCAAAAAGAUCAGGACCCAGGAGGUGUUCCCCACCGGCGAGGCGCCGCAGGUGCCGCUGGAGAGAAUGGCUGCCCCAGAAAUCCAAACGCACCGGACCGUCACACUCAAGCAGCAAACCCUGGGCCAUGAGGCUCGACCGCCCCAGGUGGUGCCGCCGGACCGGAGUGGUACCUUCCCCCAGUCCAGACGCCACGCCAUGCUACAGCAGUUCCAAGAGAACACAGAGCAGAUGAGGUUCGAGGAGGAGAGGAGGCGGCGGGAGCAGCAGCAGCAGGCAGCUGAGAUGGACCUAGAGCGAAGGAUGAUUGAGGAGGAGCACCGUCGACGAGAGCGUCUGGAAAUAGAGAGGAGGGAGGAAAUCAGGAUGAUGCAGGAGCAGAUGGAAGCUGAGAGGCAACAGGUCGAGCGGAUCCGGCUGGAGAGACACCAGCAGGCAGAGCAGGCCGAGCGGCAGCAGGCAGAACGCAUUGCCUAUGAGCAGCAGCAGGCUGAGCAACUGGCCCUUGAGAGGCAGCGGGAGGAGGAGCGUAGGCUGGUGGAAGAAAUGGCCCGGGAGAGGCUGGACUUUGAGAUGACCGUUGCCCAACAGGCUGAGCAGUUGGAGAGGGAGAGUGCCGAGCACAUUGGGGCCAAGCGCCGCAAGAUGGACGAGAUGGCGCAGCUGGUGGCCAAGCAGAGGCUCGGUGAGCAGAUAACUGCCACGGGCAUGCAAUAUGAGCGGACCAUAGCCCAGCAAGCAGCCGUGGCUGCCCAGGAGCGGCAGCAACGUCAGGCGCAGCAGCCAAGGCAACCAGAAGUUGUAGAGAGCAUCACCCCGCGCCAAGUGCGCACUCCCACACCCAGGAUUGAAAGCCAGCAACACAGCUUAGAAGAUAUCACUGGUCAGCUCCGCUCCUCCCAGCAAGACCUGAGACACAAGUCGCUGAGACGCUCUGAAACAGAUCUGAUGCAACAGGAUGCCCUGGAGACCGACCAACAACAGCUGCAGUUGCAAGUAACAAGAAACCAGUACAUAACAUCUGAGCAAGUGUCGACGCAAUACACGGAAAGACGCGAUGACCAACGCCACGUGACCACGGAGCAACAGCGCCCUGUGGUAGAUGCCGCUGCCAGUCGGAUGGGGCAGGUGGAACUAGUUGCCCAGGAAUUGGCCAGAGAGGUUGAAAGUUGUAACCGUUUAAUUGAUGAGAUGAGCAGUACUUCUCAGGCUUCAAUUUCCUCAGAGGACAGGCAAGUAGUAGAAAGCGUUUCACUGGACAUGGACUCAUUCCUCAGGAGGCUGUAUAAAGAUGAGGAAAGACUUCAGUCCAGGGUGGAAACACCCCUCCCCCACACAAUGGAAGAAUCCAGGGUACUUCAUGAUGAUUUUCAGACAUUCCACAAUGAUCUGGCCGAACUUCAGCCAGUCUACGACCGGAUCAGCGACGUGGCCGCCCACAUCCUGCAGGAGCGGGAGGGGCAGUUCCCCAAGCUGGCCGAAAAAUACCACAUUCUGAACGAGAAGUGGGACAGCCUCGUGCGUCAUUCCAACGCCUGCUCCGAGAGAGUUGCACUGGUAACUGACAUAGUGCAUACACUGCACAGAGCUCGCGAAGUGAUUACCAGCUGUGAAAAGGUCCUGACCUUGCACGGCAAGAUGCCUGGUGAAAUGGAUAAACACCAGGACCACUUGGACAAAAUACAGGGUUUACAAAAAACACUUCCACCAUUCCAACCUGUUGUUGACAAGCUCAAUGACGAAAUGGUGCGGGUGGGCAGUCUGUCCAAGACCACGCCCACCCACCAGGAUGUCCAGCGUCUAGAGAGCGAGGUGCAUAGCAUCUUGGGAAGGUGGAAGGAUGUCUGCAAUCAGACGCAUGAACGUCUAAAGAGGCUGACCCAGUCGGGCGACCUCCUGCAAGAGUUCAACGACCUGCUGACUCGCGAGAGCAACUGGAUCUCGCAGGCUGAGGUCACGCUCAUGGAGUUUGAGCACGUUGCCAAGGGCUCGCUAAACCUGGUGCAGCAGCUGGGGGCGGCCCGCGAGUUCAACAAGCAGGUGGCCGGGCGCCAGCACUACAUGAUGGAGACUAACGGGCGGGGGGAGGCUUUCAUUGGACAAGCCCAGUCGUACGACUCCACGGUUGAAGCGUACAAGACCAAAGUCCAGGGCAGCUACCCCCGCAGCCUGGCCAAGAGAGAAACCACAGGCCUGGUGCCCAGCUGGUCCGUGAAGACCUUCAGCAGCUGAACAAGCGCUACCGGGAACUGGUGGCCCGGGUCAAUCUUCGCGUGGACAGCAUCCACUCGGCCGGAAAUUUUGAAAAUGUAAGGCGCUCGUUUAAAAGAGAAAGGGGAAAAUUUACGCCAGGAAACGUAUCCCUCAUUGCAGGUGGCACGAUUUGAAAUGAGUGUUAUAAUGUGACCCUUGAAAUUUGGAAGAUUGGGUAAGACGUGGCUUUCAAAAAAAAAAAAAAAGAAAUCAAAUGUGAUCUUUCGCUUGCAUAAGCCGAGCACUUUUUUGACCUGGCUUUUUUUUUUCAAUUUCAGUACGGUACAAAUCAAGUUAGUCAUUCCUGCACAUGUAUGCUGUAUUGUUAAUAUAUUUGGCUAUGAUUUCAUGUCCAUUUUCAAACAGAUUGGAUUGUAGUUUUUAAGAGAUAGUUUUUCAUUAAUCUGUUUCCAUUUCACAGUUUUCUCAAGCUUGCUUUUUAGCCUAACGACUUCAUUGCAGUUGCUGUUGACAGAUUUAAACUCAUGAGUUGGUCGGCAUUUUGAAAAGAAAAUUUUUUUUUUUUCAAUUCUUUUAAUCAUUAGUGAUGGUUACCAAAAGUCUGCAUUUACUUUUGUCCUGUGAACUGAAGAGCCACCCCAUUGCAGUUAACCUCAAUAUGUCAUCUCUUCAUUGGACUUGACUUUACUUUCCACAGAUUUGUUAGAAGACCUUUGCCACUUAUUGUAUUUCAACUGCUGCAUUUGUGUGAUCUUUUUUUCUUAAAUGCUGUCCGACUGUUUUUCUUUUGAUGAAAUGUAUCUGUGUCUAAUAAUAUACACCAAGCAGAGUUACAGCCACACAGUUAUGACCACAGAGCCAAAAAAAAUUAACACCGUGCACAUGCCAAACAUCUCACGUCACAUACAUUUUGAGCCUCAUUCAAAUUAAAAUGCAGUCUGAGUGGCAAGUUAUUUUAUUGUCUCGUAACAGAGGACCGAGUUGAAUGUUACUAACAUGUGCUCUUAGAAAUGUUUCUUUUCAAUAUAACCGAAAUUUCCCUGGCUCUGUGAAGUCAGGCCGCUGCACUGCCAUUCUGUCUUCUAGGUGAGUUCUCACACUGAUGUUUCUGAAUCUCUCCAAACAAGUCUGGUUUUUUCCUCUCUCUGCAUUAAUCAACCUGUACCAAAUCACACUUGUUCUGCACUUCAGAUCCCUGUUCUUUGUGAUAUGUGAAAUGAAUUUCAAUCGUGGUUGUACAGAUUUGUAACCGUGCCUUUCUUUACUUUUUUUUUUUGGCUACAACGUAUGUUUCAAGUCACAAUUUUUACCAUUUUUUCUGUAUGAAGUGGAGUGAGUAUUUUUUUUUGGUGAAUGCUCCUACCUAACAGUUUUGGGGACUUGCGUUGCAGUCACUUCAGCAUUUCCCUUCCCCUUUUUGGCACUGUGUGGUCUUUCUUUACCAGCUCUUCUUAUGCGCACAAACUGCCGGCAAUGGCUGCUUUCAAUAUCUAAUACCCACCACAUGUCCUUUGUUUAUUUUUCCAGUUUACCGUCGUGAGGUCUGUAUACAAAAACUGCUGUUUGCCAUCUUCCCAAUAAGCCUCUUGCCUUGAAAAAUGAUCAGUGUAAGACCUUCCAUGAAAAAAAAUGAGAAAAUGUAAUGUAAGUAACCCCAGUGAUAAAUGAAUGAGAGCAAAAUGACUUUAUACCUGUAAACAGCACAGAUCUGGUCCCUUACCACGUCUUGCUUGUCAAUGGAAAUGAAAAGACUGAAAGCAAAUAAAUGUAUUAAACAAA